AAUCUAACCCAUUCCCAUUCACAGUUCCUUACGCAGCUUACCCUUUUAGCACAAUCAGCCCGGAAAGAUUCCUCCUUCACAGUCACAAUAAAACGAUACGAUGGACACGAUCGGCCAAAGCCCCGGGAAGGUAAACCACCACUACCGAAACCUGCCGAGUACAGUUGCCUGAUACGGGCAAAGUCCCGCUCGAAGAAGCUGGCCACCGUGGUGAAACGUGACGAGGUAGCCAAGUUUAUGGAAUCUUACUCGAAAGUGUUAAAAUCGAGCAUGGACGGGCUGAAAAAGGUGAAGAAAGUGAAAAACAAAGCCAAGGCGGCCCAGGGAUAGUGCAGCAUUUAGUGCCGUUCGGUUCCGGAGU